CUUUUACAGUUUGCUUUCUUGGAAACAGUAAUAACUUGAUACCACUUUUCUUCACCCAUUUAUCUUCCAACUCUUGUUCUUUUCUUCAGCUCCACAACAAUAAUAUAAUACAUGCUGUAGCUUCUGCCCUGCGGCAAAACCCAUUCCCCGGUUCGGUGUUUUCUUUGGAAUCCCAAUCACCAAUUUUACCGUUUACUCACAUGCUUCAACAGUUGCAGAUAAAUCAUGUUGGUCUUUCUUGUUGCGCAAGAUCUUCUAUGGGCCAAACAAUAAGAGGUUACCUUGGAUCAUGCUGCUCCAAGCAAAGGGGCAACCUUCAAAUUUGUAGUUCUAUAGCACCUCGGAAGAGACAUCAUGAAAUUUCAUUGGCAUGCCAAAGUUUGAAUAUGAGGCUUUUGGUACCUAACCAAAAGAAGCUUCCCAAAGUUAAGUGUAAUGUGGGACCAGUAUCUUGGCCACGUGGAUGUGCAUCAGUUGGCUUGAUACUUGGAUUACUUGUAUGCAAUUUAAGCUCUGAACCUGUAUAUGCUGACACAGAUCUUGAAAAUGGAAAGAGAAAUGACCAAAACGUGUGCGAAUCAAAUGUAGCGAUGUCGCAUGGGAAGAAAGUCUACACUGACUAUUCUGUGACUGGAAUACCUGGGGAUGGAAGAUGUUUAUUUCGCUCGGUUGCUCAUGGGGCUUGCUUGAGGUCUGGAAAACCUCCUCCUAGUGAAAGCCAUCAGAGACAAUUGGCAGAUGAAUUACGCUCCAAAGUUGCUGAUGAGUUUAUCAAAAGAAGGGAAGAGACAGAGUGGUUUAUUGAAGGUGAUUUUGAUACUUAUAUUUCACAAAUAAGGAAGCCUCAUGUUUGGGGAGGUGAGCCUGAAUUGUUCAUUGCUUCACAUGUAUUGAAGAUGCCAAUCACAGUGUACAUGUAUGAUAGGGAUGCUGGUGGCUUGAUAUCAAUUGCUGAGUAUGGCCAGGAGUAUGGCAAGGAGAAUCCAAUUAGAGUUCUCUACCAUGGAUUUGGUCAUUAUGAUGCACUGGAGAUCCCUAGAAGGAAGGGUCCUAAACCAAGGCUGUAAGAUUUUAUAUGAGAUGUAAAAGAGAUUAUACCCAAUAUUCAUUUCCUUUAGUAACAUUAUAAUGACGGAUAAAUGGUAUAGACGGCCCCAGUGAAAUGCAAUAUGCACUUUAUGCUGAAUGCACAUAGCGGUUUAUGUUCUUAA